GAGGAGGAGCGGAGUUUGGAUGCUUCGGUAGAGCUGUGCUGCCGCUUUUCACUCGAACUCAACACAAGUUCUCCGACCGAGUUUCACUGAGGAAGUCGUGGAAUAGCUGGAACAGAAUGGAGCUUACGAUAGACCGCUUCUGCUGUGUACUGUUCAGCCUCUUUGCAGGUUUGGCCUCUGGUCUGGAGAUUACAUCCACGGGGCCAACAUCGAUAGAGAAAGCCAGCGGUCAGAGUGUGAAGCUGAACUGCCAGUUCAGUCUGGCCCCUGAAGAUUCUGGACCACUGGAUAUUGAAUGGAGCUUACUCUCCUCUGACAACCAGAAAGAAGACAAAGUGGUGAUCUUGUACUCCGGUGACCGUGCCUACGAAGACUACUAUGCCCAAAUGAAGGGUCGAGUUCACUUCAACUCAGCCGACCCCAAGAACGGCGAUGCCUCCAUCAACCUGACAGGGUUAAAGUCGUCCGACUCGGGAACCUACCAGUGUAAGGUGAAAAAGGCUCCGGGUAUCCGCAGCCGGAAGAUGCUGCUGAUUGUCAUGGUGAAGCCUUCCAAGCCCAGGUGCUACACUGAAGGCCCCACAGAGGAAGGCAAAGACAUCGUGCUGAGGUGCAUAUCCAAAGAGGGCACCAACCCCCUGCAAUACAGCUGGGAGAAGACCAGCGGCCACAAGCUGCUGCCCAGCUCUGCCGUGAUGGAUCCAGUGGGAGGCACCGUUAAUGUGAGGAACGCAUCUGCCAGCGCAUCUGGCUCCUACCACUGCGUUGCCAGCAACCGUGUUGGCUCUGAGGAAUGCACCCUGUACCUCAACGUGACACCUCCCCCCAACACUCCAGGCAUCAUCGCAGGGGCCAUUAUAGCCGUCCUCCUGCUCCUCAUCACCAUCGCCAUCAUCCUGUUCUGCUGCUGCCGUGCCCGUCACAGGAAAAAGUACGAGAAGGAGAUCUGCAAUGAGAUAAGAGAGGACGUGCCGCCUCCUAAGAGUCGGGUUUCAACGGCGCGCAGCUUCACCGUGGGCAGCCAGCGCUCCUCCCUGGGCUCCAUGUCGCCCUCCAACCUGCACGAGUACGCCCUGAAGCCCCAGUACGACAAGAUCCCAUCAGAGGAGUAUGAGAGGCCUCCCAGCACGGUCCCUCUGCCCCCACCCACUGCUACCAGGAUGGCGGGUCCCAACCUCAGCCGCAUGGGGGGCGUCGCCGUCAUGAUCCCUGCUCAGAACAGGGACGGCUCUAUUGUGUAGCAUGUCCACUUGUCCUGGGGGGGCCAUGUGAGGAGGGUGUUGGGGAGGGAGUGGGAUAUAGCCAAUGAAGAUGGCGCUAGCGUUGGGGUGGACUGACUCGCCUGACUUUAGCUCAACAUUGAUUACAAACGGGAGUGUAUCUUCUUAUGAAGACCUGGCUCUGCUGUGGUGCUGAAGAGAGAACAUAGAGAUUUACUGGAAUCACGACAGAGCACAUUAACUUUUUAUCAAAUAGAAAUGCAUUAAAAAAACAAACUUUUAUGAAUUGUACUUCCUUGACUUUCUCACUGAAACAUGAAUUAGUGUGGAUUUUAAAGCAAAAUGGUCAAUAUACAAAUGAUAUUGUACAUAAGUGAAUGCAUGUUUUUUUUUUUAUAUAUAUAUAUAGAUGGCCAUUGCUGUAGAGGUACUUAAUGUUGAAAUCAGAUUGAGGCCCCUAAUUGGCCCCGAGCUGUAUGCAUGCACGUAUGUAUAUAACUGCAGCUGUAUGUGUGUGAAUAUAUGUGUAUGUUUCUGAAUGGGAAAUGUAUUGUUCAUUUAUCGUCUUUUUAAUAACUCCAUUACAGAAUUUUUUUGACAUUUUUAAUUCCAUUGGUAGAGAGGAAUGUUGACCUUUUUAGAGAAAUUGAAGGAUGAAUUUUUAGAAGAAAGAAAAGUGUAUGUAGGACAGCCAUUUUCUGUUAAACAGUUUGCUGUUUUGAAUUGUCCAGUGUGGUGGGGAGGGGCAGAACUCAAAAGGAUUGGCUGAUGGUGAGGGGUAGGUACCACCCCAUCUUGUGAUUGGGUGGAUUUUUGCCUCUUGACAAAGCUUAACAACAAAAGAGCGCCAUCCCUCCUCCUGAGAUCUUAGAGGAGGUAGUGUAUAGAGGCAGCUGGACAACAGGCUUCACCGAGCAAUCUGCUCUGAUUGUGUUUGACUGUCAACAGGCCCCUAACCCCUGCCACCAGCGCAACAUGUAGCCCUCUCCACACACAAACAGAAGAGCAUCAGGUCUUAAUUAAUUAUCUUCAUUAUCAGCCCCUCCCCCAGAUGUCCAGCAUAUGCAAUUCUCAUUUGCAGUUGCAUUACAAGGAGCCGAUAUAUCUGGAUUAACCUUCUCUCUGUGGUCAAUGUGAAACCUUUCAAGGCUUCUGUAGCAUUAAUUGGACUUUAUAAUGAAGGAAGUGAAGCCUGCCGACAUGAAGAAAGUGCCCACAAAGAGGAACAAAUGAGAAAAGCCUUAGAAUGCUGGAUAUUACUGCUCUGCAUUCACUUUACAACCACUGUGGUUUGAAUUCAUUGUGCAGUUCAGCGGCGGAUAAUAGAAAUGCUCGUUCAGUCCGUCAGUCAGUGCAAGUUGCCAUAGCUCAUUGCAGUUAUUCCACUCUCAACCAUGCCCCUUCUUCCAUCGUUUGCUAACAUAUUUUGGAAGCCUAACAUCUCAACUUGUCUGCGAUUGUGAAAAAAAACAGUAUGAGUACUUGUAUGGGGCAAUCUGUGUUUUAACUUUUUUAAUUGCCUUGUUUUAUUCUUUAUUGCAGCCUUACACACCUCCCUCAGUUCCGCUCUGCUCAGCCAUAACAGCUGGAUUCAGAUAACUUCUAUUGUGCCUUGUUGCCCCAGUUGAGUUGUGCCGUAGCAUGUCCGCCUAUGCGUGUUGUGCUACGUUCAGAAGCAUCAUCCGAGUGGCGGCCACAGCCCACAGCCCCUAGAAUAAUAUGAUAUUCAGCACACAAUGAGCCUAUUGAUUGUUUCUGUUGCCUCCAUUGGGUCAAUUUUAGGAUUUUCCACAAUCCACCUAUUGCUCACAAGUCCCCCAUAGUGUUAAGCUUUGAUUUUUAAAUAUAAACGUUACGUUUAGUUUUUUUAACUUUAAGUGCUUUUCAAAAACUAACAUUAUAUAUAUCUAUAAAUACCCUGUUAGAGUUACCCCAUCUAAUCACAACACAGUUGAAUGAUAUAAAAAUGCUGUUGGUAUGUAUAUGUGAUACUCUGCCGUGCUGUGCUUGGCAAAUCUAUCUGAAACUGAAGAGAAGGGUCAGUGUGGGUCGUGACAGUACAGUAUGAACGCUCCUUAGUAUGAUUGUGAAUGAGUGCCCUGUAUGUUUUUUGUGUAUAUUCUGGGAUCUAAGGGGAGCUGACAGUUGUUGGAACAUCUUGGCACCGGUAUUUCCCGGCAGAUUUGUUGUCACACCUACUUUUAACACCAAGGAAAGUGAGACAUGGGCCUGCCCAGACAAAGAAGCUACAUCUGUCAGUUUCUCUUUAACACUGAUGUGUGUUUGAUAGCAAGUGUAUUGUUCAUGAAGACGUUUGGUGUCAGGAUGGGCCCCUGUAAAAUUGUAGUUAGGCUUUACCUGCUGACAAACAACCGAGUUGUUAGGGCGAUGGUCCCCUUACUGCCCCCCUAUGUGCUCACAACUACUAACAAUAUAAACUGUGGCUUUGAAAUCAGAGUGCUAAUAUUGUAUGAAGAUCUCCUUUGAGGUUUGCACACUGUGUGAAAACCAUUUUUUUCUUUGUGUGUAUUUUUUUUGUGCUGUAUUUUUGAAUAAUAAAAGUCCUUGAAAUUAA